GACCUCUUGCUUGAGAUUACCCGUCACACAUCACAUCUCACAAGUCAGGUGAAAGGGAAGGUUCAUUCACUUGUCGAGAAUAUUUAUGGCUUUGAGCAUGGCAGUCAGGAGUCUGUCAAGUCCAGGAAUUACAGACUUGCCCAUCAGCUCAAGAAUAAAUUUGGUUUGUGUUACCAGAAACACAAGGUCCCUCACAGUGGGCUUUUUCAUAUGAAGUUGAAUCAGAAAGUGGCCAAUUUGCUCUGGUACAGUAACAAGAAGGAUGAAGGGGUAAUGUUUGAGAAGCUUUUUAAUCUGUUUCCCAUUCCUGCUUUGGCAUUGGUGUAUGCAGCGGUGAGUCACAUGUUUAGUUAUUUGAUUCCGAGUGCGCAAUAUAUUCAUUAG